CUACCCAGAGCGGCGGGGCGUGAUGACGUCACGGAUGCAGCUGACUGUACACGUACGCUGCACGGAGCUGGAUGCGGUGUUCUAUGAGGGGAAAGCAGGGCACGGAGGAGAGGGAGAGACGUGAGGGACUGGUGUAGACCCUCUCUCACUAUGCAUCAGAAGUUGCUUAAGAGUGCCCACUACAUAGAGCUAGGUAGCUACCAGUACUGGCCAGUGCUACUCCCCAGGGGCAUACGACUUUAUACCUAUGAACAGAUCCCUAUCUUCCUUAAAGACAAUCCCUACAUUACUGAUGGCUACAGAGCUUACCUUCCAUCCCGUUUGUGUCUGAAGAGCCUCUUCAUUUUAUCCAAUGAGACUGUCAACAUUUGGAGCCAUUUGCUGGGCUUCUUGUUGUUUUUUAGUUUGGGCGUCUAUGACAUGAUGUCAGUUUUGCCAUCAGUGAACGCUUCCAGGGAAGACUUUGUCAUCUGUUCCAUUUACCUGUUCUGUUUCCAGGUGUGCAUGUUAUGCUCCGUGGGAUAUCACCUCUUUUGUUGUCACCGUUCAGAGAAAACCAGCCGGCGAUGGAUGGCACUGGAUUACGCUGGCAUUUCUAUCGGCAUCUUGGGUUGCUAUGUCUCUGGGGUAUUUUAUGCUUUUUACUGUAACAAUUACUGGCGUCAGGUAUAUUUAAUUACAGUGCUGGCCAUGAUCUUGGCCGUGUUCUUUGCUCAGAUACACCCUAGCUACCUCACACAACAGUGGCACAGACUGCGCUCUGUUAUAUUUUGUUCUGUGUCUGGUUAUGGAAUUAUUCCUACUGUCCACUGGAUUUGGCUCAAUGGAGGUAUUGAGGCUUCUAUUGUCCAGGAGUUUGCUCCACGUGUCAUUGUCAUGUACCUGAUAGCGGCAUCUGCUUUCCUGUUUUAUAUUUCUAAAGUUCCAGAGAGAUAUUUUCCAGGACAACUAAACUACCUUGGUUCCAGUCAUCAGCUGUGGCACAUUCUAGCAGUGGUAAUGUUGUAUUGGUGGCACCAAUCCACAGUGUACCUCAUGCAGUACAGACAUAGCCAACCAUGCCCUACACAUGAGGAUCAUCUGUGAGGACAAACCCAGAAAACUCUCAGAUUACAGGAGGUUUGCUCCUAGAAAGUUGGAAAUCAUUCUAACCUGCACUGAGUAGAAUAUGAAGCUUGAGAAAUAUUACCUGUGCUAAAAGCUGGUGAGAAAACACUGGGCAUGGAACUACAAUAAUGCUUUCAGUUUUUACUUGACUUAUGGAAUGGACACAUUUUUCUGAGUUAUAAUAACCUUAUGGUUUUCUAAAGGUGGUAAUGUAAACAUUCCAUAACUGUACACAAUGAAGGGUAUUUAUUAAGAUGUAAAAAAAAUAACCUUUUGAUAGUGUAUACAUGCUUGUGUGUGUAUAUAGACAAAUACACACACAUAUUGGGUGCCAAAUCGACAUGUAAUCUCUUAAUCUCUCAUGUUCUGUCCUACUAAAUACAAUAUGUUCUUUAGAGAUUCAUCAAUAAGCAAAAUCAUACACUUUAGUACAGGACAGUUAAUGUUUGGAUUACUUUUAUCUUUUUAAAAAUAUUAGAUGCGUCCUUUAUUUAAUAGUGUAAUUAAAUUAAGAAUUUUGUUUUUUAUAAAAAAAAUUUGCCCAAAGAUUUUUCUGUGUAGUACAGUAGCAGAGAAUGUGUUCUGUAGCCUUAUUUAGUAACGUUACCUAAAUCUAAUGGUGUUCCUUAUAGGAAAAAUGAAAGGGGCUUAGUCAAAGCAUUUGCGAACUGAACAUCCUGAAAUGCAGUUUUAUGUUUUGUUUAGACUAAAUUAUUGGGAAUAUGCACAAUGUUGCAGCAUCUUAGUGCUAUGUAAUUGCUGGAAAUAGACAUUGUGACAAGUUUUUCCAGAAUAAUUACAGUACAUAUCUUACACAUUUUACACACUGAACAAACCUCUGAACUGGAAAAUAAUACCCAUAAAAAAAAAAUAACUUGGAACUCCACUUGCAAUCCAAAUUAACCCCUUCCCGCAGAAUGUCAUAUAUAAACGCCGGGUUGUGCAGUGCGUUCGCGCAUCCCGACGUUAAUAAAUGACAUUCAGUUAACCCGGCGAUGCGCAGCAUCGCACGGGUUAACUGGCAGAAGUCCCGCUGUUUCCAGCAGGGGACAACUUCUGCUUCACCCCCCAGGACCAUCCAUUGAUGGUCCUGGUCAGCGAUCACUGUGAUUGGUCCCUGUGGACCAAUCGCAGUGAUCUGGGGUGAAAGUUCAGAUCCCCCGCACUGCCCGCCCCUGGAAGUCGGGCAGAACGGGGGACGAUGGCUGCAGGGGCUCGCGGGGACCUGCGGCAUAGGGGGGAAACCGAGGGGAUCGGCGGCCUUACCUGGAGCAGCGGCGGGACCGAGGAGCAGCGGCAGGACCGGCCACGUGGACGAGCAGCGACGGGACCGGCAGGUAAGUAUAUGGUCCUCAGAGGCAGCAGUGAAGAUCUUCACUGCUGCUUCUAGGAGUCUGAAAACUACAACUCCCAGCAUG